CGAGAGCAGUUGAUUUUCAGACGUUGCGCUAUCAACAUUACCUGCUGGCUUUGCUCUCAGCGAAAAACAAUCCAAGCUUACAUUUUAGUUUGCUGUUUUUAAACGAUCCUUUUUUUUUUAAUCUAGUCACUUUUCAAAUAUUUUAGUAUACCAUUUUUCAAUUACAAAAUGAUACUCAUUUUAGUGUUCCUUGUAGUAGCUUUAGGGGUUUUUCACUAUCUUGUUCAUUACGAUAGAAGAGGGCAACUCGUCAACAAAUUACCGGGACCAAGAACCCUUCCCAUUUUUGGAAAUGUUUUGAGCUUCUUAGUUCCACAAAAACAAUUGUGGCAUGUGAAGAGAAAACUAAAUCAAGACUACUACCCAAUAUACAGGACUUGGAAUUUUGGAUCACCUUUCAUCCACAUUUGUCAUCCUGACGAUGCAGAAAAAUUAUUGACAAGCAUGAAGCAUAUAGAAAAAGGGAAUGCUUACCACAUGCUGCAACCAUGGUUGGGUACUGGAUUGUUAACCAGCACUGGCAGUAAAUGGCAAAGUAGGAGGAAAAUGCUAACACCAGCUUUUCAUUUCAAUGUCUUGGUGGAGUUUCUCGACAUUUUUGUAGAACAAGGAGAGGGCCUUGUUAAACACCUAAAAGCGGAGGGAGGUGAAACUGUUAAGGAUCUCGUUCCACUUCUGACGAAAUAUACCCUGAAUGCAAUUUGUGAAACUGCAAUGGGCACUUCGCUCGAGGAUGUAGACACUAAAGAUAGUCAUUACAGAUCAGCUGUUACAGAAAUAGGAGACGUGAUUGUGUACAGAUUAUUCAGACCUUGGUUGCACUCAGAAAAGAUUUUCUCGGCAACCUCUUCUGGAGUGAAGCAGGCUAAACUAUUGAGUACUCUUCAUGGAUUCUCUAACACUAUAAUUCAAGAUAGAAAGAAAUAUCAUGAACAACUGGUAGAAAAAAAUUUGACGAUGAAUGGAAAAUCGAAUGAACCGGAUGACGACGUUGCAUUCGUGAAAAAGAAGAGAAUGGCUAUGUUGGACACUCUUAUUGCUGCAUAUCGAGACGGUCGACAAAUCGAUGACGAGGGUAUUAGAGAAGAAGUUGAUACUUUUAUUUUUGAGGGACAUGACACAACUGCAAUGGGUAUGUGCUUUGCAGUAUCACUUCUUGCAGAACACAAAGAUAUUCAGAAACAUGCCAGAAAUGAGGUUGACGAAGUAUUGAGAGAAAGCAAUGGAAAAAUGGGGAUGGCUGAAAUUCAACGAUUUUCAUAUCUUGAAAGAUGUAUUAAAGAGGCUUUGCGAUUAUAUCCGAGCGUUCCUUUCGUAGCCAGAACGAUUCGACAGGAUUUACAAUUGAAAAAUUUCGUAGCCCCUGCUGGAACGAGCGUUCAACUUUAUAUUUACGACCUCCACAGAGAUCCCAGUUUCUGGCCGAAUCCUCACAAAUUUGACCCAGAUAGGUUUUUGCCCGACCGAAUUCAAGGCAGACAUCCUUAUUCAUAUAUUCCUUUUAGUGCAGGAGCUCGAAAUUGCAUAGGUCAGAAAUUCGCACUGAUGGAACUGAAGGCACUUAUUGCGCACAUUCUUCACAAUUUCGAAUUGGAAGCAAUAGAUCUGGCCAACGAAAUUAAUCUCCUCACUGAUGUGGUAAUUAGACCCGGUCAACCAGUCCGAGUGAAAUUCAUUCCCAGAGUGAAAUAAAUCACUCUUUGAUGCUACAAAGCCGACAAAAGUCUUCUUUGAAGGCUAACCCGUUUGUAAAUAACUUAGAAAAUUUUCUUACCACUACUGUGAUUUAAAAAUAUACGGGACAAACUUAAAAUCUAAAAGAAUGCUGAUGAGGUGAAAAAGAGAUUUUUGUUAUUUUGUGAUACUGCCACAAAAUCCAUUGUAAAUAAAAA